GUGGUCGCCGCACAACGGAACGGAACGGAACGGAGCGGGUGUUUGUUGAUGACUGAACACAUACUUUAAACCGACAUCAGCUGAUUUCUUUCUUGUCCUUUCAAAAUCAACUUCUAAUUUUAAUUUUUACCAAUGUGUGACUUUGUAUUAUCCCAGCUUGUGUAAUGUCAACUUUCACAGAAGAGAGUCUUUUCAACACAUCUGUUGUGCUUAUGAACUCCCUUUUGUCAAGCGUUUCUAACACAGUACUCUACGCAAUUGGCUUAACCUCAAACGUCACCGAAGGGUGCUCUGAUCUUUCGGCUCUACCCCUGUUGAACUGGCAAGCGUUGUUUUCGUACGACGACUUUCAAGUUGUUCUGCUGAAAGUCUUCCUGUUUAUUCUUGCCUUCAAUCUUGUGUCCAUUUGUAUUGCUUGGAAGGUGUAUGGGAAAAAUAUAUACGAAACUUUUAUGAAACCAGUUACUCCAAAAAUAAUUGAGGACUUGAAAAAGAGUGUCUCUCGUCUAAACUUACCGAAGGAACACUCCCCAAGAGUUUGAGUGCAGCUGCAAGUUUAAAUAGUCUUUGAUUUUAAACUGGUAGAAAAAACUCAAACUCAAAAUGGCAGA